CUCCGCCUCCACACCCCUCGGGUUUGAAGCCCACACACGCGACCUCUCUCCCAUGUAACCGGCCGACAUGAGCAUCGCCAGCGGGAGAGCACGCAGCCCACCCCAACAGCAGCGGGGAGCUGGCCUGCCGCCGCCGCCGGGGAGGCGAUCCGGCGACCGGAGGAGAGGGCGCCAUGGCGCGGAAGCACGGCUGCAGCUCCCGGCCCACACCCUGCAGAAGCCUCAAUAGUAAAUUUGCGAUGGGAGGAGUGGGUGCGUGGGAGGAGAAGGCGGCGGCGGCGGUUUCGGUCUGUGAUCUGCUUCGACGCAGGAGGCGGCGGACUGAUCCGGCGGAAGUGGCUGCCGUGAGGAUGGGAGGAAGAAGCCAUCGUUGGCCGGCUGAGGGCCGGCAGGUCUGGAUCCGUGCUGAGUCUCCUGCAUCAGGUCUUCAACGCCCGCCUCCUCCUUUUUCCAACUCUCCCCUCUUGAUUCCCUGGUGUUAUUCCGAAAAUGCGACACAAGGAAUAAAGCAGGCUUAUGAAAGCUUUACUGAUGGACUUGGAAGGACUUCCUCUGCUUUGAUUGGGAACCCUAUUAACGUGUAUAAUCGCGGGGCUGGUGCCAGGUUAGCACUGACUACUGCAAUUUGUGGAGCUCCGGCUGCAGUGGUAGCUCCAGUAUCAGCAACUGCCCGUGCUUUACAUUAUGCACUUCUUGGUAUAAGGAACAGGUGUGCAUAAUGAUCUGGUAUACAACAAAAGCCAGGAAUUGAUGGAUGAGUUGGCGAGUCACUGGUCCAUACCAAGGCACGGAUGGUUGAAGGGGAUGCUGGAAAGGUUAUUUGCCAAGAGGCAGAGCGACUGAAGCCAUCAGUCGUCAUUAUUGGCACACGUGGUAGAAGCUUUAUUCAGAGGUAUCUGACUCCUAAACCACAGUUCAGUUCCAACUGCCUUAUUCAGAGGUAUCUGACUCCUAAACCACAGUUCAGUUCCAACUACGGCAGACUUUGAUAACCCAAGGACCUGAUGAGUUAGCUCUGUAGUUCACUGCCUUGGCCAACAUUGUAACUAUAUUUGACAGGAAAAGCCCAGUCUACAAGUAGUCAAGUAUUCUUUAUUGAAAGUCUGCAAGUAGUCAAGUAGUCUUACGAAAGGCCAUUCUAGAAGAUCUUUGCUUGUUGUAGCUAUACCAGUUUACCUCUUAUCUUUUUCCAGUAGCUAGCACUGUAUUUUAAUUCUCUUUGUGGCUUUGGCGAGAAUUUUUCUGCCGGCUCUUUUUAUUGUACCAAAUUAACUGCUUUGACUCUGAUGCUAUAAAGCUUU